UGCUCAGUAUAAGCGUAACAGGUCCAUGGAAUCCGUAGCAAAACUGUAUAUCCGGGCGAAGCCAUUUUUGGCAGUAACUUUAUUACAAUCUAUCUAUGCAGGGAUGGAAAUAAUUUUUAAGUUUGCUCUAAACCAGGGGAUGAGCCAACAUGUAGUGAUAGUCUACCGGUAUGCAGUUGCUACUGUUGUCACUGCACCAUUUGCUAUUGUCUUGGAUAGGAAAGUAAGGCCCAAGUUGACCUUCUCUCUCUUUGCUAAGAUCUUUUUUCUCGGUUUAUUGGAGCCUGUAAUCGACCAGAACUUGUACUAUACUGGGGUGAAGUACACUACAGCAACUUUUGGAUCUGCAAUGUGCAAUGUUCUUCCAGCCUUUGCAUUCUUAAUGGCUUGGAUUUGCGGGCUUGAGAAGGUGUCAAUUAGGAGACUGCACAGCCAGGCAAAGAUAUUGGGGACAAUAGUCACAGUCGGGGGAGCAAUGCUUAUGACUCUGUUUUCUGGACCCAUGUUGAAAUUGCCAUGGACAAAUAGAAAUACCCACCAAAAAUUUACGAAUGCUGCAAAUGAGCAAGAUCACAUCAAGGGUGGUCUCAUGGUUAUAGCAGGUUCUGUCUGCUGGUCUGGUUUCAUCAUUCUCCAAGCAAUUACACUGAGAUCAUAUCCCGCAGAGCUUUCCCUUACAGUUUUGAUAUGCUUGAUGGGCACACUGGAAAAUAUCAUAGUUGCAGUUGUAAUUGAACGGGGCAACCCGACGGCCUGGUCGAUCCACCUGGAUACCAAGCUCUUAGCUGCUCUAUACGGCGGCAUAGUUGCUUCAGGAAUUGCAUAUUGCCUUCAAGGAGCGAUAAUAAAGGAAAGGGGACCAAUUUUCGUGACUGCCUUUGGGCCCCUGACUAUGGUUCUUGUAGCAAUUAUGGGUUCGUUCAUUCUAUCCGAGAUGAUAUCCUUGGGAAGGGUUAUUGGAGCAGUUGUGAUUGUUGUUGGCCUAUAUCUGGUUGUAUGGGGCAAGAGCAAAGACGGACACGAACACUUAAUUACGAGUACGUCAGACAGCCCAAAUGUAGCAGAAGUACUAGUAGUACCUACAAAAGCCCAACAUAUGGCUACUACCAAUCACGCCAUAACGUUAACCAGUACGACUUCUUCAAAUCAAGAUCAAAUUGUGGCCAUUGAUCAUCCGUCCCAGAACUCUAGCCUGUAGAAAUAUAUAUAAUUGGGAGUGCUCUUAGAUUAUAAAUAUAAGAACUGUUACAGUGAAAAAAAAAAAAAAGAGGAGGGUGGAGCAAUGAAGGUAGGUCGACCUGAACAAAAGUCCUAGUGAUCCUAAGCUGAAGCUGGCCAACAGAUUGUCUCGGUAGCUGUACGUACGUCUUGAUCGAACUAAAUGCAAUAUUGAAUCAUUGAUAGAUCAUAUAUAUAUCGAAGUUAUGAUCAUGAUCAUCAUGAUGUAUUAAUGGUCAAACCGGAAUUGGAAACGUUUCGGGAUCAAUGUUUAGUCAAACCUUAUUUUAAACGCGUUUCACAGCAACAAUUCAUGAUGACAGAAAUUAAUUUCUCGCGUUUUUAA